AUGUUUCAGGAAAUAAGAAGAAGAAGAAGAAGAGGGGCUUCCUGUGAGACGCCCCGAGUGCUCGUCUUCACGCCUCGUGUCUGUGCUGCGCUCCACAGGCGACUAGAGAAAGGCGUGGACCACCUGACCAACGCCAUCGCCGUGUGCGGUCAGCCGCAGCAGCUGCUGCAGGUGCUGCAGCAGACUCUGCCUCCGCCCGUCUUCCAGAUGCUGCUCACCAAGCUGCCCAGCAUCAGCCAGCGGAUCGUGAGCGGCCAGAGUCUGAGCGAGGGCGACAUGAGGACCAGGAGGAGACCGCCCCCGAGCCCUCCACCUCCUCCUCUUCCUCACGUGGACCCUCCGUGA